AUGGCGUGUACUUGCGGUCGAACUUUUGCAUCCGAAAAGGCACUUCAGCAGCACAUUUCGGACCUAUUCAAAUGUAGCUUCUGUGGUACGGUGUUUGCCCAUCCGGGGCGAACUAAUACCAAUCCUUUGGAUACUAUUGAUCCUAAACGAGCUCCUACACCUCCCACCGAUAUGAAGCCUUUGGCCAUUACAAGAAACUCAGUCCCCGAUCUCUCACCCGUCAGUCAUGCAUCUCCGAGUGUUGCAAGAAAUCCAGUCCCCAAUCUCUCACCCGUCAGUCAUGCAUCUCCGAGUGUUGCAAGAAACCCAGUCCCCGAUCUCUCACCCGUCAGUCAUGCAUCUCCGAGUGUUGCAAGAAAUCCAGUCCCCAAUCUCUCACCCGUCAGUCAUGCAUCUCCGAGUGUUGCAAGACGUUCAAGUGGUGUCGGCAGCCGCUCAUUUAUCAGCGAUGAUGCCCUUACUUAUAUCUGCUAUGACUGUGAUAGACAGUUUGCGAGCCAAUCUGCCCUGGACAGCCAUCUGCUCUACUCUUCGGCCCAUAGGUCAAUAUUCUACUGUGAUGAGUGCGACAGAGAGUUUGCGAGCCAAUCUGCCCUGGACAGCCAUCUGCUCUACUCUUCGGCCCAUAGGCCAAUAUUCUACUGUGAUGAGUGCGACAGAGAGUUUGUAAGCCAACCUGCCCUGGAUAGCCAUUUGCUAUACUCUUCAGCCCACAGGCCGAUGUUUUAUUGUGAUGAGUGCGACCGAGAGUUUGCAAGCCAGCCUGCUCUGGAUGGCCACUUGUUCUAUUCUUCGGCCCACAGGCCGCUGACAUUUAAUUGCUUUCCCUGCAAUCGAAGUUUCGUCAACCAGGAAGCAUUGAGUUCCCAUCUGCGCAAUUAUGCGGCUCAUAGGUCAAAUCAGUGA